AAGAACUCUUCUCCUUUUCUACCAGCGACUCUCCCUCCUUUGCUUCUCCCCCCUGACUCCCUCUCUCAACUCUCAGUCUGCCUUCAUUUUCAUUCUUUCUCCUCUCCACUCUCCUCCAGCAUAACUCAUGGCAGGUACAGCAUGCAAUGAUCUCUCUGAAGAUCUAAGGCUUGUCCUCCUGCCCUUGGAGAACACUAGCAUUCCAGUUCAAACCUGGACAAUAACCGAGCUCGCAAAACACUUCAUAACCACAAGGAGUUUCAUCGAUAAUGUGAAGACAAUUACUCUUAUCAGUAGCAACAUUGUCUGUGACACCGUGAUCACCUUGGCGAUUCAACGUGGUUUCUGGGCUCAAAACAGUAAAUGUACUCCCACGACAAUGAUGAAGUUCUGUUCCUUUCUCAAAUCCAAAGAAGGGUCUCAAAUCCUCGAUGAUUUUCAGAAGAAAGCCGAGUUAUGGAAUGUGAUGAAGAGGCGGAUGGCAGAGAUUGAAGCAGUUAUCGCUUACCACCGUGGUCAGAUUGUGUUGCUGGAGAAAAAGCUGGAGAAUGAGAUAGCUGAGGUUGAAAGUUGUUAUCUCCCAGCUUCUCAGUAUGUUCCGUUGGAUGAGCAAGAGCUAUUGAAGAGAUGCUAUGAUAUGUAUGUUGCUGAGACUAUUAAGAGUAAGUUGAAGGUGAAGGAGUUGGACCAGGAGCUGAUUGAGUUUAUUAAGUUUCAGUAUGAGAAAGAUGUGCGUAUGGCACAUAUGAUGGAUUUCAUGGCGGAUGAGAUGAGGAGACUUGUGUUGAAUGUUUGGACUGGUUAGAGGAACAAACAGAUGGGGUCUUUGCAAUUGAAUAAGGUUAUCAAUGUAGAAGGUCCUUUAUUUUUUAUGUCAUUACAUAGCUGUUACUUGAAUACUAAUUUGAACUCAAGCUCUUUUCCUCU